CCUAUAAGGAUGUUGUUCACAAGUAGUUGUUAGGAAAGACCAGCGAAACCUGCCACCAAACCAGGAAUUAUACAUCAUAUAUGUAUAUAUUUUAAACUGUUACGGUUGUCUUUAUAUUGCCUGACAAUGUCGAAAUCCUGUCAAGAAUCCGUUGAACACUCUGGACUGCUAAAGUUUUUGUCUGCUAUGUUUUACGCAUGCAGCUCGCUUCUCAUCACGGUGGUGAAUAAAACCGUGUUGACGAGUUACAGCUUUCCCUCCUACAUGUUUCUGGGAAUUGGCCAGAUGACCACCACAAUUGUUAUCCUUUAUGCUGCCAAAAAGAUCAAGAUGGUCCAGUUUCAGGAUUUGGACAGAAAUGUUCUUUUAAAAAUUUUCCCUCUUCCUUUGCUGUAUGUGGGGAACCAUGUAACAGGACUGGCAAGCACCAAAAAGCUCAGUUUACCAAUGUUUACAGUUUUACGGAAGUUCACCAUACUGAUGACAAUGAUGUUGGAAAUAUAUGUACUAAGGAAAACAUUUCCAAGACGCCUUGUGUACAGUAUUUUGGCCAUAGUCCUUGGUGCCAUGGUUGCUGCAUGUUCUGACCUGGCCUUUGACAUGGAGGCCUAUACCUUCAUCCUGCUCAAUGAUGCCUUCACUGCUGCCAACAAUGUGUACACCAAAAUGAAAGUUGGCAUUGAGGACCUUGGAAAAUAUGGUGUCUUAUUUUACAAUGCACUAAUCAUUAUCAUCCCUACUCUCUUGGCGAGUGCAUCUACUGGGGAUUUACAUGAGGCAGUUUUAUUUGAGGACUGGGUCAAUGUUACAUUCAUCAUUUGUUUCCUUAUGUCCUGUUUCAUGGGGUUUGUGUUGAUGUAUUCCAUAGUCCUGUGCAGCUAUUAUAACUCAGCGCUCACUACCACAGUAGUGGGGGCAAUAAAGAAUGUUGCAGUAGCCUAUAUUGGCAUCUUUGUGGGUGGAGACUAG